GUCGUACCUGCGUCCGAAACUCACUGUCAACACGAACUGUCAUCGGCCCUUUUCAGAGGGAAAAUCUGUUGACGGUUUUCCUUUUUAAAAUCAAACGAACAAAUCCAAACGAGCGGCCGGGUCAGCGGCGGUAUUGUUUCGGUCUUUACAAUCCAAACUGUGAUAGCAGCAACAUACUCUACGAAAUGUGUCUAUAACUGUGUGACUGUAGCUUACUUGCUAUGAUAUAUCCACUAUCAAACUCCCUCAAUGUUAUUUAACCCAGUGCUUUUUAACACCGUUUCGCUUACUAACCCUUUAACCCGCGUCGCGUGUCAGCUGCCUUGGGAAAAACGUUUCGUUAACCUGCUCUAGAAACAUGGAAACAGAAGGGUUUUUAACACCGCGAAAGCUGAUUCAGAGUGCUCUUGCCCGUACCUCAUCCCGUACAUCGAUGGCUUCCUCGCCAUCGGUAAUGGCCGUAAGGACGCCGACAUCGUUGUCACGGAACAGCACCAGCAGCUGUAACAACACGACCGGCAGUCGCUUUAAUCUGCUACCUGUACUACAAACUCCUCCUUCGCGCAUUUUCAAGGGCCGCAUCAUGAAUCCUUUUGAGCCUCAUCUUACCGAACGGUUUCACUUACCGAUGAUCGGCAGUCCUUCGCUUUUCCAGCGUCCAAACACCCCGCAGAACAGCAACAUCACUCAGUUCGAGUGGACGAUUGAUGAAGUGUCCUCGUUGGGACCGGCAAACGUAGAGCCACACGAAACACAGUUCAUUGAAACGCCGGACCCGGUCGCGGAGGCUCGAGUACAAGCCGCAAUCAGCACAUACUUUAAGGAGUACAGCAUAGUGCCCAGUCCUAUUGACUGUCCUUUAAGAAAUCAGAAAAUCGUUCUCUCGAAGGACUCUAUAAAUACCACGUCGACUGCUAGUGGCCCAGGACAGGCUAAGCGAAAGCAUCGCAAUGGAAUGUGCCAAACCGUUCUAUCCUUCCCACCGAAUCUGCCCCAGGAGGUUGAGGAUAUGCUGCAAAAAUACCUAACAUACAACGAGGAUCAACAACAGAAGCAUGAUGGCUCGCUCGAUGUUUCUUCGGCCAGCAGUAUUGAUCAUGAUGCUCGCGAUGCUUCUUUGCGACGCAAACUUUUCAACACAUCCGCGGUCAUUGACGACCGAGACAGUGACGGAAGCGGCGCGAGUCGAUACGGAAAUUCUACUGAUGAUUUCGAUCUGCGAGCACUAAGCCCAGCGCCCCAAUCACCGGAAGUGGUUGUGGUCCAGGAUAAAAUGAGUGAACAAGACCUGAAACGCUCACGAUACUAUGGGUCGCAGGAUGUGCUGAACCAUAUAGUGGAAAGUGAUGCCGAUAGCUCGUUUGGUGCGCUUUCGCCCAUCUCAAAGAGCUUAGCUAGCCUAUCUCCUAUCGAAGCGUUUGAGCAGCAUCAUUCAGACGCGGAUGCUAUCUACCGUAGCACGCCAGAGCCUUCCACCACAUUCCAUAGCGAUAAUUUGUCCGCGGAGCUCAAUGAAAGCCGGCAAUAUUUGAGCGGUUCUAUAAAGCAUACAGAGUUGACCGACGUGCUUGCGGAAGCGAAUCUAUCGAAUGAAGGUGAAAAGAGUCAUGUCCUGUCGUCCCAAUCGUUCGAUUGCUCCCAGAUGACGCAUCACUCCACCACUCCGCUGCGGGGCUAUCGAAGGAGGGAAAACCGCCGAACUAACCCGGAUUGCAACAUUUCAUAGGCAGCUUGAAAUGUUUCAUCGCCUGUCAGCUGGGCGAGUGACAGCUUGUUUUGACAGCAGUCUCCGAUGAAAAAUAUACCGUCGGUCGCCUCGUAAAACUCGGCGGAUCUACCUAAACUUUGCCCAACUGAUCGCUUCCCUGCCAAUUGCUGUCCUUUCUGAAGCCAGGAAUAACGAUGGGCCACGGUCACGGACACGGACCACCGUACAAAGUUCCGGAUGCAUCCAUCUACAAAGUGGCCGAUGCGCCCGAACUGGUUGAAGUGGAGCGCGCACUCGCACGUCGUGGGCUGAAGGACCCGUGGCUACGGAACGAAGUGUGGCGCUAUAAUGUGAAGCAGUUUUCGACCCACCGUUCGCGCCUUGUGACGUUCCUGUUCAAGGGAUUCCCGCUCGGAUUCGCUGCUUUCGUUGCUACGAUCGGUGUAGAGUAUGCGCUCGGUAUUGAUUAUCACGGAGGACAUGGCCACGGCGAUGGAGGACACGGUCACGGAGACGAGAAGGGGCACGGAAGCGGUCAUCAUUAGUCGGUUGACGCACUGAUCAAUCGCGCGUGUGAGGUUCUUUGUUGCGGUCGUGCAUUAGAUUUUAUUUCCAAAAUUCUGCAUCAAGAAUAAACGAGUUUGUGUUGUAGCAGAAACGAA